AUGCCUCCGACCCAACCACCUACAACCAAUCCUCCAACAAAUCCACCGACAGCACCGCCUUUGAUGCGUCUAACCGAAACUCCAACAAGCGCACUAACCACCACACCAACAGAAACUCCUUCGAUGCCUCCGACCCAACCACCUACAACCAAUCCUCCAACAAAUCCACCGACAGCACCGCCUUUGAUGCUUCCAACCGAAACUCCAACAAGCGCACUACCAGAAUCGCCUACGUGGAGUCCAACUCAAUCGCCUACGUGGAUUCCAACUCAACUGCCUACGUACCUUCCAAUCAUCAACACCAAGUUAGAUCUGGAAACAGCAAUUGCCACUUGGUCAAGCACGGGAUCAUCAAUCUAUGGCCCCAUUGGAAGUUGGGACGUCUCCCGGGUGACUGAUUUCUCCAACUUGUUUUCGUGGCUUGAAACCUUUAAUGAUGACAUUUCAGGAUGGCAAACAGGGCAGGUCACCAACAUGGCAGGAAUGUUUGCAGAUGCAUAUGCUUUUGACCAAGCCUUGUCAAACUGGGAUGUGAGCCGUGUUACCGACAUGUCGUAUAUGUUUGCGAGUGUGAUGUUGUUUGAUGUACCAAUUUUUAAUCAAGAUUUGUCAAGUUGGGAUGUGAGCAGUGUUACCAACAUGAAUGGAAUGUUUUAUUAUGCAUUUGAUUUUGACCAAAAUCUUUGUGCUUGGUCAGGCAAAAUACAAAGUAGUGCUGCCACAGUAGACAUGUUUUACUUUUCUGGCUGCCAAUAUCCAUCCGAUCCCGUCUUUUCACUCAGUACCAGUACGUGGAGCCCACUCUGUUCCAGUUUUUGUUAA